AGCCUCCGGAGGUCGCAUUUCCAGGCUCCUCCUACGUCAUCCAGGCUGUCUUAUUUCAGAAUAUUAACAAUUAUAAAGUUAACUUUUAUUCUUUGUUAAUCGUAAAUUGUUGUAAUAUGCUUAUGAUUUGCGAAUACUUAAAUCGCCAGACUUAAUGACGUAUGCAGCCUGCAUACAGUACGCGACUUCGGAGGCUGCAGGCUUCGGAUUGAAAACGGUCACCAACCCAAUAUUUCGUUGCACUCGAAAUACGUAAUAAGUUACGUAAGUAAAAUCGAUCGCGGCUUCCUGUUUACAGAAAUCAGAUUCUUUUUCAUAUCCACCCAUGACGGUUGUGUGUUAAUAGGGCGCUUCAUUUCGACUGUCAGUAAGAAAUGUUGCUGUCAAUUUGCCUGAGGGGGCUUCUCUUGUUGUUGGUAGGAAAACAUGCAUACUCUGAGGAGCAAUGCUUAAAAGGUUCAGUAAACACAUGUGAUGACUGCAUCAAAUCUGGACCUGGCUGUGCCUGGUGUACAGACUUGAAUUUCACCAAGACUGGAGAGCAGGAAGCAGUACGGUGCAACACUGUUAGUGAGCUUGAAGGAAAAGGAUGCGUGGCUAUAAAAAACCCUUCAAAUGACUUAUAUAACAUUGUGAACAAGCCCCUGGUUGCUGGUGAUAAUCCAGUGCAAAUCCAACCACAAGAAAUUAAGCUGGAUCUUAGACCUGGGAAACCCCAUACAUUUCGGCUGGAAUUUAAACAAGCAGAAGGCUAUCCAGUGGAUCUUUACUACCUGAUGGAUCUCUCCUACUCUAUGAAGGAUGAUCUGGAGAAUGUUAAAAACCUGGGAAAAGAUUUACUCGAUAAGCUUCGGAAAAUCACUCGCAAUGCCAGAAUAGGUUUUGGUUCAUUUGUCGACAAGACACUUCUUCCAUUUACGGACACCAAUGAAGAGAAGCUCCAAAGACCUUGUCCAGACAAAAAUGAACGUUGUCAGCCAGCAUUUGGCUUUCAGCAUGUCCUUCCUUUGACCUCUGAUGGGGAUACAUUUAAAAACAUGGUAGCCAAGCAGCAAAUAUCUGGAAACCUGGACCCUCCCGAGGGAAGCCUGGAUGCCAUAAUGCAAGCUGCCGUUUGUGUGAAAGAGAUUGGCUGGGGAAAAAGCACUCGGCUGCUGGUGCUGGCAACAGAUGAUGGCUUUCAUAUGGCAGGGGAUGGAAAACUUGCUGCCAUUUUGGAACCAAACCAAGAAACUUGUCAGCUGGUCGACCAGAAGUACAGCAAGAGCAACGUCUGGGAUUACCCAUCUGUUGGUCAGAUAGCUCGUAAACUGGAAGAGCAAAAUAUACAACCGAUUUUUGCCGUCACCAAGAAUAUGGAAAGUGUGUACACAGAGCUCAGUAAACUGAUCCCCAAGUCAGCUGUCGGUGUACUUUCUGCUGACUCAAACAAUGUCGUCAACCUAAUUCUGGAAGCAUACAAUAACUUAACCUCAAAAGUGAUUAUGGCCCAUGAUUCUGUGCCAAACUCCAUAUCGGUGAAAUUCACAUCAAACUGUGUUGGUGGGGAAAAGCUCAGCGACAGUGGGAUAUGUGAAAAUGUGAAUAUAGGACAGAAGGUGAGUUUUGAUGUGACAGUGACAGCAGACCAAUGUAUUAAAAAUCAGAUCUUCUUCAUUGGGCCGUUGGGCUUUAGUGAAAAACUAAGGGUAACCGUUUCAACUCGAUGCAAUUGUGAAUGUGACGAUAAAAGUGAAAAUGAUCCCCACUGCGGAAAUCAUGGCAAAGUGGUCUGUGGCAGCUGCAAGUGUAAUGCUGGUUUCCUAGGCCAGAACUGUGAGUGUGAAGUAGGCAAAAAAAAUGAGGCAACGCUAAGAGCGCAGUGCCGGAAAGACAACGCGACAUUGGAGUGCGAAGGAAAAGGGGAAUGUGUAUGCGGACGCUGCCAAUGUCACCUCACACAGGGCAACAGCCAAUACUACGGCGAGUUCUGUCAAUGCGACGAUGAACAUUGCGAAAAAAGCAACAAUAUACAGUGUGCAGGUAAUGGGCGAUGCAGAUGUGGUAAAUGUGAGUGUUAUGAAGGCUAUGAAGGAACGGCAUGCGACUGUCCGAAAUCUGAUGAAGUUUGUAAGAAAGAUGGCACCGUGUGUUACGGACGUGGUAAAUGUGUAUGUAAUGAGUGUCAAUGUCAGAGAUCAUACAGGAAGCCAUUCUGCAAAGAAUGUCCUACUUGUCAACGUCCAUGUCAACAAUCAGGGAGUUGUGUUGAAUGUUUGGCCUUUGGAACCGGUCCAUUGGAAAAGAAUUGCUCAGCAUCCUGUACUCAUCUUAAAGUCAAAACGGUUGAUAAAUUGCUUAAGAGCGAUUGUCGUGUUAAAGAUAAAGAAGGAUGCUGGAUGUCAUUUACAAUGACUGAGCAAGAAGGAUUUGACAAGUACACCAUCAAUGUGCUAGAAAAGAGAGAGUGUCCUGAGGGGCCAAAUAUAGCAGCCAUUGUAGGAGGAUCUCUGGCCGGCGUAGCUUUGAUCGGACUCCUGAUUCUCCUCAUUGUAAAGGCGUGCCUUUAUGCAAGUGACCUUAAAGAAUGGAGAAGAUUUGAAAAAGACAGGAAACAAGAAAGAUUUGCUGGUUCCAAUCCAUUAUUCAAGGAUGCAACCACCACAGUCCAAAACCCAGUAUUUUCAGGAGAUUCUUAAGAAAACUUCUAACAAUGAGUGGAUGUCUAUUAAAUCAUUGAUGGACUUUCAGAAAUUUCAAACGAUGAGUGGAUGUCUGAUAAAUCAUCUAUGAACUUCAUUUUAAAAAAAAUAUUGUCUUUAACAUGCAUUGACCAAAGCGAUCGCUGUAUUUGUAUGUCAAGUGUUAAAUUAACACAUUUGUUUAAUUUUGAAUCACUUUUUUUUAAUUCUUAAAGGCACAGUAUGUAAUUUUCGCCACUCGAAUCCAUCAUACAAAAACAAAAUCGCAGCCUGGUGAUGCUACAGUAUGAAGGAGUUAUGGAUGCUAGUUUUAGUCUUGAUUUCCACUGCUGAAAAAAUCAAUUCAGACAAAAAAAUCAUAUGCAUGUAGGGUGACCAGACGUCCCGAAAAAUUCGGGACAGUCCCGAAAUCUAAGCUGCUGUCCCGAAUCCCGAAUCCUGCUCUAAUUGUCCCGAAAAUCAUACUGAAGCUAAAUCUUAAUCCCGAAUCCCGCUUUAAUUUCCCCGAAAAUUAUACUAAAGCAAAAUCUUGAGUAGUAGUUGUCUGAUAAAACAUGAGCGAGGAGGUUAAGUCAUCCUGCAGCCAGCCCCCGCCGGCUGCUCAUUGGCUGCAGCCCGCCGCCGCCGGCUGCUCAUUGGCUGCAGCAUCUUGUUUUUACACUGUAGUGUAGGCUCUCAUUGUGCUGGCAGCAGUUAAAACCUCCGCGAAAUAUGCUGACGUUGUAUUGUUUCUAUUAAUUUAUCUAAUUCAUCUAUAUGCAGAAAGACAAUAGGACCUUUUGUUUUAUAGAGUUGACUAAGAGAGCGAAAGUUGCAGCAGCCGCGAGGACAGUUGAAAGUGCAGGCAGUGACAGUCAGUCGCGUGAAGGAGUCAGUCGAUUGGUCGAGGGCAGGCAAGGCACUUUGUUAAAAAUACUUCUAUACGUAUUAUAUAAAAAAAAUACUUCUAUACGUAUUAUAUAAAUGUAUACGCAUAUGUACUUAUAUUAAUAAAAAUAUGAUUAGUUCAGUAACUUCAGUUUGAAAUUC